AUGAGAGAGAGCAUGCGAAUGGAACUAGCAUUCGAUCCCUAUGAAUCAUAUGCACAGGACAUUUUGCGACCUGGUUUUCAUGAUCAUUUUCUAAGCCAAUUAUCAAAGCCAGGAGCAGCAUUUUAUUUACAGUCAAUAGGUGAAGGUUUUAAAGAAGCUGUUCAGUAUGUUCUACCCCGGCUGCUCCUUGCCCCUGUUUACCACUGUCUUCAUUAUUUCGAACUGCUAAAACAAUUGGAAGAAAAAAGUGAGGAUGAAGAGGAUAAAGAGUGCUUAAAGCAAGCAAUAACUGCUCUACUAAAUCUUCAAAGCAGUAUGGAACGGAUAUGCUCCAAAAGUCUUGCAAAACGAAGGCUUAGUGAAUCUGCAUGCCGAUUCUAUACUCAGCAGAUGAAGGGGAAACAGCUAGCAAUUAAGAAAAUGAAUGAAAUCCAGAAAAAUAUUGAUGGUUGGGAGGGUAAGGACAUCGGACAAUGCUGUAACGAGUUCAUCAUGGAAGGAACACUCACGCGUGUAGGAGCAAAGCAUGAGAGACACAUAUUUCUGUUUGAUGGCUUGAUGAUUUGCUGUAAGUCAAAUCAUGGCCAGCCAAGACUUCCUGGUGCUAGCAACGCAGAAUAUCGUCUGAAAGAAAAGUUCUUCAUGCGAAAGGUACAAAUCAACGAUAAAGACGACACUAAUGAGUACAGACAUGCUUUUGAAAUCAUCUUAAAAGACGAGAACAGUGUUAUUUUUGCUGCUAAAUCAGCUGAAGAGAAAAACAACUGGAUGGCAGCAUUGAUAUCUUUGCAAUAUAGAAGCACACUGGAAAGGAUGUUGGAUGUAACAAUGUUGCAGGAAGAAAAAGAGGAGCAGAUGAGAUUUCCAAAUCCUGAGCUUUAUAGGUUUGCAGAACCUGACUCUGAAGAGAAUAUUGUGUUUGAAGAAAACAUGCAGCCCAAAUCUGGAAUCCCCAUCAUCAAGGCAGGAACUGUUGUCAAGCUCAUAGAGAGACUGACUUACCACAUGUAUGCAGAUCCCAACUUUGUUCGGACUUUUCUCACAACGUACAGAUCCUUCUGUAAACCUCAAGAGUUGCUGAGUCUGCUAAUAGAAAGAUUUGAAAUUCCAGAGCCUGAGCCAACCGAAGCUGAUCGUAUUGCUAUGGAGAACGGAGACCAGCCUCUUAGUGCAGAGUUAAAAAGAUUUAGGAAAGAGUACAUUCAGCCUGUGCAGCUACGAGUAUUAAAUGUAUGUCGACACUGGGUAGAACACCACUUCUAUGACUUUGAAAGAGAUACUGAUCUUCUGCAACGUUUGGAGGAAUUCAUUGGAACAGUGAGAGGCAAAGCGAUGAAGAAAUGGGUUGAAUCGAUCACAAAGAUAAUCAACCGGAAAAAACAAGCACAAGCCAUUGGGCCAAGUCACAACAUCACUUUUGAGAGUCCGCCUCCCGCGAUCGAAUGGCACAUAAGCAAACCAGGACAUACAGAGACUUUUGACUUGCUCACUUUGCAUCCAAUUGAAAUUGCUCGGCAGCUCACUUUACUUGAGUCAGAUUUUUACAGAGCUGUGCAGCCAUCUGAACUAGUUGGAAGUGUCUGGACAAAGGAAGAUAAAGAAAUUAAUUCUCCCAACCUUCUCAAAAUGAUAAGGCAUACAACUAACCUCACUUUGUGGUUCGAGAAAUGCAUUGUAGAAACAGAAAACCUAGAGGAAAGAGUAAUUGUAGUCAGCCGGAUAAUUGAGAUCCUGCAAGUUUUUCAAGAGCUCAACAACUUUAAUGGCGUCCUUGAGAUUGUCAGUGCUAUGAACUCCGCAGCAGUGUAUAGGUUGGAUCACACGUUUGAGCAAAUUCCAAGUCGCCAGAAGAAGAUUUUAGAAGAAGCUUAUGAGCUGAGUGAGGAUCAUUAUAAGAAAUACUUGGCAAAACUCAGGUCCAUUAAUCCUCCUUGUGUGCCUUUUUUUGGUAUUUACUUAACUAACAUUUUGAAAACAGAAGAAGGCAACCCUGAAUUUCUAAAGCGACAUGGGAAAGAACUUAUAAACUUCAGCAAGAGAAGAAAGGUAGCUGAAAUAACAGGAGAGAUACAGCAGUACCAGAACCAGCCAUAUUGUUUAAGAGUGGAAUUUGACAUCAGGAGAUAUUUUGAAAACCUGAAUCCAAUGGGAAGCAGCAUGGAGACAGAAUUUACAGAUUAUCUGUUCAACAAGUCACUAGAGAUAGAGCCGCGAAAUGUCAAGCCUCCACCAAGAUUCCCCAAAAAAUACGGCUAUCCUCUCAAGUCCCCAGGUGUUCGUCCCUCUAAUCCAAGGCCAGGUACCAUGAGGCAUCCUACACCCCUGCAACAGGAGCCGAGGAAAAUUAGUUACAGCCGCAUCCCAGAGAGUGAGACCGAAACUACAGCAUCUGCACCAAACUCUCCCCGAACACCUUUGACCCCUCCUCCUGCUUCUGCUACUUCAAGUACUACAGAUGCCUGCAGUGUGUUUGACUCGGAUCCUUCAAGUCCUUUUCAUGCAAGAUCUGCUUCUGUGUCAUCCAUAAACUUUACCAAAAAUUCAGAUGAAGCUCAUGUCCCUCCUCCAGUUCCACCACGAAGACGACCAGAGUCUGCCCCAGCUGAAUCCUCCCCAUCAAAAAUUACUUCUGUGCACCUGGACAGCCCACCAGCAAUCCCUCCUAGGCAACCAACCUCAAAAGUGUAUUCACCGAGGUACUCGGUGCCUGACCGGACCUGCAUCUCUGACCCCCCUGAAAGCCCUCCUGUGUUACCACCACGAGAACCUUUGCGAACUCCAGAUGUUUUCUCUAGCUCACCACUACACCUCCAACCUCCACCACUGGGGAGAAAAAGCGAACUUGGUAACACCUUUUUCCCAAAUAGUCCAUCUCCAUUUACUCCCCCUCCCCCUCAGACACCUUCUCCACAUGUAGCACGAAGGCAUCUUCCAUCACCACCUUUGAUACCACAAGAUGUGGACCUCCAUCCUGUUGCUGGGCCACCUAUUCCUCCACGACAAAGCACUUCUCAACAUAUCCCAAAGCUUCCUCCAAAAACUUACAAAAGGGAGCACACACACCCAUCGGUGCAUCGAGACGGACCACCAUUGCUGGAGAAUGCCCACUCCUCCUGAACUAUCCCUUGUGCUGAGAGUCGCAUUUUCCUGGUGCUACGUCUGUUGCUGGCAAUGGAUACACUGAACCUGGUGGUGCCAAGGAGUUGAGAUGUGUAUGCCAAACACUAAAAACUCUCCA